GCUCGAGGUUGAAGGUGCUUGGCAGGGGACACCCGGCCGCCCGGCCGCGGGCGUCUCAGCGAUGUUUUACUCAGGACUCCUCACGGAGGGCGGCCGCAAGGAGACAGACAUGCGGGAAGCGGCGUCCCUGCGGCAGCAGCGCCGGAUGAAGCAGGCGGUGCAGUUCAUCCACAAGGACUCCGCCGACCUGCUGCCCCUGGACGGCCUCAAAAAGCUGGGCUCGUCCAAGGACACGCAACCUCAUAACAUUCUGCAGAGGCGCCUCAUGGAAACCAACCUGUCUAAGCUGCGGAGCACUCGUGUCCCUUGGGCCUCUAAGACCAACAAAUUCAAUCAGACUAAGUCUGAAGGGCUGAAGAAAUGUGAAGAUGAAGACAUGAUUUUAGUGUCGUGCCAGUGUGCUGGGAAGGACGUGAAAGCUUUGGUUGACACUGGCUGCCAAUAUAAUCUCAUCUCCUCAGCCUGUGUGGACAGAUUGGGACUAAAGGACCAUGUCAAAUCUCACAAGCAUGAAGGAGAAAAGCUUUCUCUACCACGGCAUCUCAAAGUAGUAGGCCAGAUUGAGCACCUACUGAUUACAGUGGGUUCUCUCCGUCUGGAUUGCCCAGCAGCUGUGGUUGAUGAUAAUGAAAAAAGCUUAUCGCUUGGUCUCCAGACUCUUAGAUCCCUGAAGUGUAUCAUAAACUUGGACAAGCACCGGCUGAUUGUGGGGAAGACAGACAAGGAAGAAAUCCCUUUUGUGGAGACAGUUUCUAUGAAUGACGACAACACUUCAGAAGCAUAAUUGCAGCCUGAAGCGUGUGUGCAUGUGCACACACACCAGGUUGACAGACUGAGAAAACUGGGUUCGAACUAAAUACAGUAGCAACUUGCUAUGGACCAAGUCCUUCCCUCCAGUACAUCCUGCAGGGGCUUCUUCCCGCUCAGACCUUUUUAGACUAUAGUCUGUGCUUAGAGAUCUUGUCUGGUUAAUGGCUUAAUGGUUAAACAGACAUUGUUUUUUACUUCUUUGAACAUUUAAUUUAUAGACCUUUUUUGACACUGCCAGGUCUUAUUUGUGGCCUAUUUCUCUGCUUCUUCCAAGAAUUUGCUUUUUAUUAAUCAAUCCAGUGUAGGGGCUGCCAGGUUCUACUUCUCCAUAGAUAACACUUGCUUUUUUAAAAUAUCAAAAUAUAUAGUAAAUAGGAACUUUCUUUCAGUUGUUUCAAAGAGAUGUAGAAACAUGUUUUGACUUUAGAAUCUCUUCUGAAGUAAUUGAUUUUUCCAGUGUGAACUUACCUGAAAGAUGUUUCAGGGAGGUCAUCUGGUACAGACAUUUAAUUUAAACACACAGACAGGUAAAUGAAUUAUCUAAAUUCACACUUUAAGUCAGUGGCAGAAGAUAAGCAGAAUCCGAGCCUGAUAUCCAAACCAAGGCUCUUACGCUGCUUCAUUUGUUUUCCAGCCUUAAGAAGAAGGCAGGAAGGUUAAAGUGCAAAACAGGAAGGAUAAUGGAUAUGGCUUAGUGGUGGCCUGCUUGUCUAAUGUGCACAAGGUCCUGGGUUCCAUCACAGCACUAGCGAUAGAGAGAUGGCAUGUUGAUUAAGAGUGCUGGCUGCAUAAGCAUGAAGACUGCCAUUCAGAUCCCAGUACCCAAACAAAAGCUGGACAUUGUCCCCCACACACUUGAGACCCCAGAAUCAACAGGAUAACCAAUGGAACUUUCUAGCUUCCAGUCUAACCAAAAGAGAGAGAGGAAGACAGGAAGAGGAGGAGAAUGGGGGUGUGUGUGUGUCUCCAGAGUCCUUGCUUCAAAGGAACCAAGUGAUGUGUGGUAGAGGAAUAGACGACACCCACAUGUUCCUCUGGCCUCUGUGAGUGUACACAGGUGCACAGCUCCAUGCAUUCAUACAAGUUCCUACACACACUCAUAGACACACAUGGAUACACACCACAGGGAAAAGAUGAGAGGGUGCAAAAACAGGCUACGAAGAUAAAACAGUCUCUCAGUGAACAAGAGAAGAAAGAAACCACAGAUAGGAGGGGAUAUUAUUAGUCCCUGAGACACCACUGACAAUGUAGUUGUUACUGUGGGAUAUUGAUUACCCCUAAGAACCAGUCAGAAUGUCUGUCUGUCUUGAUACAUGUCACAAAGAUU